UGGAAGUGGAAUAUGUUAUGUGAGUUUGUCAGUGUUUGAUAGUUAACUCUUGUAAAUUGGAGAUAAAAUAUUGAUCUAUGUAAGGAUUGGAUCCUUAUAAGUUAUACAUUCAGUAAACAGGGUAUUGAUAACAUGAACGUUUGCCGUGCUUGUGUGAGUAGCAGCUCUGGUGAUUUGGUGCCGAUAUUCUCCAAAUUGGGUGAUCAAUUCAUCGCGAAUGUUAUCGUAGAUUGCAGCUCAGUGACGAUUGUCGAAGACGACGGCUUGCCAUCGUUUGUUUGCAAAGAAUGCCUCACAAGUGUACAAAUGAUUGCCGAUUUCGCGACAAAGGUCCGCGAGUCCGAUCGCAAGCUCCGCCAGCUGUUCAAAUCCGAAGUCACACUCAAAGCCAUUGAGGAACCGAAUACCGAGGAGGGUGAGUCCGAUGUAUUGAGCACGGCACUGGAUCAGGUCAAAGUGGAGUACGAUGACGAUGUGGAGAAGGUGGAAAAGUCCGUUUCUGAGUCUGAGGGGGAGUCAGAAUCGGAUGCUUUGGAUUUUGAGGAUGGCAACGAUAGUGACUGGAAUGACGCCGAGCAGAAACAGUCAGAAGAUGAGCUGGAGAUCGCGACAGCUAAACGCAAAACUAAGCAAAAAGCGGUGGUUGAGCAGGACUCGGAUGAAGAUGAGGAAGAGGCAUCGUCGUCGAAACGUCCUAAGCGACGGUCAGCUAAGAAAAAGGUAGUCAAGGAUGAUGACGACGAUGAUGAAGAUGAUGAUAUGGCGGAGGAUACAAUGACUGAAAUGGAGCAGGAGAUGUUUGAACUGGUCAAAAUAGAUCCUGCUAGGCACAUUUGUUGUUGGUGCUGUAAGGAUUUCGAAACCAGGGACGAGUUGAAGGCACAUGGCGUGGAACAUAACGAUCGGAGAAGGCGACAAACAUAUAAACCGCACUCUUGCGAAAUUUGCUACCGCCGAUUCAUUAGGGUGAAAUCGUUCGAGAACCACAUGAUAAUGGCAGCGGGUUUGUCAGCUAAGGAGAUCCAUCAGUGCAAACGAUGUUCGGCUCGCUUCCUGGCACCCAAGCGGAGACGCAUGCAUGCACUAUGCCACCACAAGGAGGAUGAAAAACUUGCCCAAUUGGAGCUCAAGCGCAAGAAGAAAACCCCAACCUGUUGCAAUCGUUUCUGUUACCAAGAGUUCACAACAGAGGAAGAAUUGCUGGAGCAUGGUCUGAAGGAGCACAUCAGUAACAAGCGCGCGGAGGUGGAUCCGAAGCAACCGCACGAGUGCCCCGUGUGCUAUAAAAACUUCGAAAGCAAGAAAUCACUGCAUCGGCAUCGAAACAGAAUCUACCGUGCAGGAAUGCAAUGCUCGAUUUGCGGCAAAGAGUUCAAGUCACGACCCGCUAUGAUGACACACGAACGCAAGCACGUAGACGAGCGUCCGUACGGUUGUGAAAUCUGCGGCAAGUGGUUUACGACCACGCACGGGCUCAAGAAUCACCUCGCGGUCCACAAAGAUGAGCGCCCGUUUGCGUGUUCCGUGUGCGGCUGGAGCUUCAAGCGGGAGUGCAAUCUGAAGAUGCACAUGCUGAUCCAUUCCGAUACGCUGCCAUUCAAGUGCGAAGUGUGCGGAAAGUCGUUCAAGAUCUUCGAAGACGAUGGCCUACCGACCCAGAUCUGCUCGACAUGUCUCAGCGAUCUACGCCAAACGAAAAAUUUCGUGCGGAAGGUUCGCGCAUCGGAUCGCAAGCUGCGCCGAUCACAGCGCAGCGAAUUGUGUGAGGUCGAAAAGCUGGACAGCGGAGAUCACGUCGACGAUGACGAUUCGCCGUGGCAAAUGAUACAGGUGCACGUGGAGGAGAUGAAGCUGGAGAAGGAAGAUGAAACGGAGAGCAAUUCUGGGGCAACCAGGGCGAGGAAGUCUCGGCGAAUGGUGAAGCGGACGCGGUUUGCACCGAGCGAUUCCGAGGAGGAUGAAUCGGUCGACGAGCUGCACAAGUUGUUCAAGAAGAAGGUAACGUGCAAGGAUGAUGACGACGAUGCACCGAUGGAGUUGUCCACGGUUAAGCGACAGAUGAUGCGGAGGCAGAAGCGUAGAGUAGUGGACGAUUCUCAGUCUACUGAAAGUGAGACGGAUUCCGAGCCAGUUAUCAGACGCAGACGAAAGCCACGAGCCCGAAAGAGAGAGAACAGUCUCGCGAAGCAUGAUUAUUCGGAAGAUGAGCAUAUUCCCAGCGAAACACUGCACGAAAUGUACCGGACAGUGUCGGUCGAUCCCGAUACUCAUGUAUGCUGCGCUUGUUUGAGGAUCUUCACCGAUCGAGCGGAGCUUGUGGAGCAUGGGAAAGUUGCGCACAACAAAAAAAAGUACGUCAAUGAAGCCAAAACGAACAUCUGCGAUGUCUGCUUCCGGCGGUACUCGAAGGCAAGCGCGUUGCAAACACACAAGCAGAGUUUUGUAGGACUAAACGGAGUGUAUGAGUGCUGUCGAUGCAUGACACGGGUGACGGCUCAGAACCGUCGGCAGCAUGCGCGGAUUCAUCUGAAGCAUCGUGACGAACUGACGGACCAUGAGAAACCCCGACGGGCACAAAUUUGCUGCGCAAAAGACUGUCUGGCAUCCUUUCCCACUGAAGAUCUGUUGUUGGCCCAUGGAAAAGAACAGCACAUCGACAAUAGAAUCGAAUCGGACGAUCUGGAACGCCGGUACGAGUGUCCGGUAUGUUUCAAGCGGUUCGAGAAGCGUGAUGGCCUGACUCGUCACCGACAUCGAAUGUAUCGGGCAACGCAUCAAUGUUCUGUAUGCGGGAAGGAGUUCAAGACACGGUAUGAAGUGUUGCUCCAUGAGCGGAACCAUGAUAACAUUAAGCCGUAUCCGUGCGAAAUUUGCGGGAAGAAGUUUAACUCUAGGGAAGCGGUUCGUAUUCAUAUGUUGGUGCAUUCAGAUGAUAAGCCGUUUGCUUGCAUUUCUUGCGGAUGGCGCUUCCGGCGGAAGUGUAAUCUAAACAAGCACAUGAUGAAACAUAAGGAGGAUACUCCUUAUUCGUGUAGUAUCUGUCAGAAGACGUUUAAGGGAAAAUACCAUCUUCAGUAUCACAUGCGUAUUCACACUGGUCACAAACCGUGGCAAUGUCGGUAUUGUGAGAAGUCCUUCGCAGAUCAUGCCAACAGGGCUCGUCAUGAGACAUCACAUACAGGCAUUAAACCAUACAAAUGUACGUACUGCGAUAAAAGUUUUAUCCGUAAACGUUAUCAGAUCGAACACGAGAGUACACAUACGGGAAUCAAACCGUACCGCUGCGAAAUGUGCAAUCGAACGUUUGGCCAGAAGGCGGCCCUCAAGAAGCAUCUGGAUAUGCACCCGCUGGCGCCAGAGAAUCAGCUCUCGUUGGCUCAGCCCUCGCCGAUGGCCGAGAUGCCCAUGUCGCCGCAAAUGCCCCCACCGCCGGCCCCGACCACGGUUGCGCAGGGGAUGACCUUGCAGCAGGCGGCCGUCAUGAUGGCGGGUUCCGGCGCCGGGUACAGCCAGCAGCCGAUGUAAUGAGUGCAUGAGAGGUGUUUAUUCUCUUAAUAAUAUGCUGGAUUAAUUUUAGUUUGAGGGAAAAAUAUUUUAAGGUUUUCAAAUUGAUUAAUAAAUACCUAAAUUUUUUGCUAAA